CUGUGUACAACUUUGUAGGGCGGUCUUAGUACUUAGCAUUGUUCAUCCAUUGUUCACCCGCGAUCUGAAUCGUGACUAUCUUACCAUCUUGAAUAUUUCAAAAGCUCGCAAUAUCUUGGGCGAGCCUUGCUUUACGCAUUAGAACACGCCGUGAAAUUUUAAUUUUCUUUUUGAGAAACUCGCGUCUCGACAUACCAGGUGUCACACUCUUCACCGUCGCCUUUUGCUCACCCUUGCUACUAUUUCUAUCCAUUUGGAUAACUACGGAAAGCUAAUUACAAGAUGAACGCGCCCGAUCGUUUCGAGCUGUUCCUCCUUAAUGAGGCCAAUGGUGAAAAGAAAAUCACCGAGAAGGCAUUCGUCGGCAUGCCGAAUACUUCAGACUUCACCAUCCUUAAAGAGGACCACACCGUUGGGAACCUGCUUGCUGAGCACUUCAAACAGCACCCCCAUGUCAUGAUGGCUGGAUACAAAGUUGCCCACCCUAACGUCCCAGAGGUCUUGAUUCGCCUUCAGACCGAUGGCACCAUCACUCCACGCGAGGUUUUUGUCGACGUGUGCAAGCAGCUCAUUGCGUCCCUUGCACAGCUCGCGCAGAACUUCACCCGUGAGUAUGAGCUUCGUCGCAUGGCUACGGCGGGGGACAAUGAUAACCCAAGCGGCAAUGCCAAUGGAAAGCCUUAAAGGGUUCUAUCACGACAGCACGGAAUUCUCUUAAUGGACUGGAGAACUAGGAUUGGGGGAUACCCGGCGUUAACGGCUUUGACUCGCAUUCUAGACAAUUUGUAAAUUCAUGGCAUAAUUUGCCAA